AUGAAUCGAGUCAUCGCCAUUAAAUUUAUACUCUGUGCUGUACUUGUACUCUAUCCCGGGACAGAAAGCCAGUGGGUGCCAAGGCAACCUGGAUUGCCAAUUAAUCCUACUCCACUAUGUGCAUCCCAGUAUGCACUAGCACAACAUGCAUGUGCAGCACUGCCAUUUACCCCACUCCCUCCACCCACCCAUCCGUCAUCAUCUUCUCCGUCUGAUGGCUCAAGUCGUAGGCAUAGGCACAAUCAUGGACACAGACACGGACACACGAGGGACGGGCAUAAGGAAGCACAUGGUGAACGUGAUUGUUGCCGGUGGUUAAGAGAACUUGACAAUGUUUGUGUUUGUGAUCUGCUCGUGAACUUGGCCCCAUUCCUUUCUAGACCUGUACACAAUUAUACUGUCAUCGUUGAUGAAUCAUGCCAUGUGACUUUCCAGUGCGGGUCGGGUUCGGUUAGGGUCUGA